AUGUCUUCAUCUUCUGCUCGAAAAUCCACAAAAGUGAAAGGCAUCCUUAGUGUUCAACCAACCAUUAACGGAGUGCUAGCCAAUGUGACUGUUGGUCCUAUAGCAUCGGUGGUUGAUAGCAUCUCUCAGUUUCUAGGACGAUCAUUUUUGCUCGAGCUUGUUGCUGCUGAUCUUGACUCGUCGGGUAAAGAGAAGGGGACGGUGAAGGCGUAUGCAAGUUACAGUGAAUUGAAUGACGAGACUAAAAUGUACGAAUACAAGUGUGAGUUUGAAGUUCCCAUGGAAUUUGGAGAAAUAGGGGCAAUAUUGGUACAAAACGAGCCUCAUAAAGAAGUAUAUCUCAAGAACAUUGUUCUUAACGAUGGCAACGUCACUUUUACUUGUGAAUCUUGGAUUCACUCGAAGCAUGAUAAUCCCGAGCAAAGAAUCUUCUUCACUGACAAGUCGUAUCUACCAUCGGAAACGCCGGCGGGGUUGAAGUCGUUGAGAGAGAAAGAUCUAGAAUCUCUUCGAGGCAACGGUGAAGGACAACGCGAAUUUUUUGAGAGGAUUUACGAUUACGAUACGUAUAAUGAUCUCGGUGAUCCCGAUAGUAGCUCUGAUCUGUCUCGACCGGUGCUCGGCGGCCAGAAAUAUCCUUACCCUAGGCGUGGCCGAACUGGUCGCGAAAGGACCUCCACUGAACCCUUGUCGGAGUCCAGGACGACACUCCCAUUUUAUGUGCCAAGAGAUGAAGAUUUUUCAGAGAUAAAGGCGAUAACAUUUGGGGCCACGACCUUGUACUCCGUACUGCGUGCACUUUUACCAACGCUAGAUUCUGUAUUUACGGAUGAGAACAAGGGAUUCUCAUCAUUCACGAACAUCAAUUUACUUUACAAUGAAGGUGUUGAGAUCGUUCUCCCUGACAAUGGACUUCUAAAUGCUUUACCAAUGCUUCUCAAAGAUAUUGCCAAUACUACCAAAAGUCUACUUCAAUUUGAGACUCCUCGAAUCGUGGACAAGGAUUCCUUUUCUUGGUUACGAGAUGAGGAAUUUUGUCGACAAACACUCGCUGGUCUCAAUCCAUAUAGCAUCCAGUUGGUCACGGAAUGGCCAUUGAUGAGCAAACUAGACCCUGAAGUUUAUGGACCACCUGAAUCAGCAAUUACUAAAGAAAUUGUUGAGCAAGAAAUCAAAGGUUUCAUGACUCUUGAGGAGGCAUUGGAACAAAAGAAGUUAUUUGUGUUGGAUUACCAUGAUCUGCUCUUACCAUAUGUGAAUAAAGUAAGAGAGCUUGAAGGGACAACUCUCUAUGGUUCAAGAACGUUAAUGUUUCUCACAUCUACUGGAACAUUGAGACCACUAGCCAUUGAAUUGACUCGCCCGCCAAACAACGGGAAACCACAGUGGAAACAUGUUUAUGUACCCUGUUGGGAUGCUACAGGCGUCUGGCUCUGGAAGCUAGCCAAGGCUCAUGUCCUUGCUCAUGACUCUGGUUAUCACCAGCUUGUUAGCCAUUGGCUAAGAACUCAUUGCGUUAUGGAGCCUUAUGUAAUUGCUACCAAUCGUCAUCUUAGCAAAAUGCACCCUAUAGAAAGACUACUAUGUCCUCAUCUCAGAUACACGAUGGCGAUUAAUGGCCUAGCUCGACUAGCCCUCAUUAAUGGCGGUGGUAUUAUUGAGUCAGCUUUCUCUCCAGGAAAAUAUUCCAUGCAACUUUCUUCUGAUGCAUAUGCUCAACAAUGGCGUUUUGAUCAUGAGGCACUUCCAGCUGACCUAAUUAGCAGGGGAAUGGCUGUUGAAGAUCCAAGUGCACCACAUGGUAUAAAACUAAGGAUUGAGGACUACCCAUUUGCCAAUGAUGGUCUACUUCUCUGGGAUGCCAUCAAACAAUGGGCUACUACCUAUGUCAACCACUACUACCCACAAGCAGACCUUGUAGAGUCUGAUGAAGAGCUACAAGCAUGGUGGACUGAAAUCCGAACAGUCGGGCAUGGCGACAAGAAGGACGAACCAUGGUGGCCACAACUCAAAACCCAACAGGAUCUGAUUGGAAUUGUCUCAACAAUCAUGUGGGUGGCUUCUGGCCACCAUUCGGCAGUCAACUUCGGUCAGUAUGAUUAUGCUGGUUAUUUCCCCAACAGGCCAACCAUUGCCAGAACUAAGAUGCCUGAUGAAGAUCCAAACUCUGAAGAGUGGCAAACAUUCCUAACUAAUCCUGAAGAUGUGCUAUUGGAUUGCUUCCCUUCGAAGGUUCAAUCGACCAAAGUUAUGGCCAUUUUGGAAGUUUUGUCAACUCAUUCUCCAGAUGAGGAGUACAUCGGCGUGAACAUAGAGGCUUCAUGGGAAGCAGAUCCCACCAUAAAUGCCGCGUUCCAAGAGUUCAGUGGAAGUUUGAAGGAACUCGAAGGUAUCAUAGACUCAAGGAACCGUGAUCCCAAUCUGAGGAACAGAAGUGGCGCCGGGAUUGUGCCGUAUGAGCUUCUGAAGCCAUUUUCGGAACCUGGGAUGACCGGAAAGGGUGUUCCGUACAGCAUCUCCAUCUAGUUUAACUUCGAUUUCGCUUUCGAACAUCUUUGUUGAAGUAAUUAAUAAAGUAAUCAUGUCUGAUUUGAUCCCUUGUAUUAUCCAUUUUGUACUUAUAAUUGUCAACUGUGAUAUUUGGUUUUUAUUUAUUUGAAUUGUGAUAAUAAAAUUGCAUUAC